CUGGACUCAGCUUCAUCAAGGGAAAAAGGGCAUGGCGUCGUGCUGUACAAGUCCGCCUUCAGCAUCUGGCCUCUCACUCCCUUCUCCUCACCCUCUGUGGCCGUGUGUGCACCUCCCCUCACACCCUUUCUCGCCCUCUCCAAAACGUCAUCUCCCGUCGCCGUGUGUUUUUUUCUUCCUCUCCCUUUCAUCAGCGUGGGCGCCGCGAUGUCCGUUUGCGCGCUCUUGUCUACACUCUGAGAUUGCUCAACGGACACUGACAUGGUCCCCUUUCCUUGCUCUCCUCUUGCAGCAGGUACCGUGCACGCUGAGCCAGUGGGCGUAACUCGAACCCGUCGUCUCAGCUGCUGCGACUAGAAGGACCCCCAGCUCCUCCUCGCCUAUAUAUUGGGCCCUUUUCUCCGGCCCUCGCCCCUUUUUUCCAAUGUCCAUUCGCUCCCUCGACUCCACCUCCUACUGGGAUCCAAGGCAGUCAUCGCAGCAACAGCAGCAUCAGCAUCAGCAUCAGCAUCAGCCGCCGCCGCCGUUGCCGACUUCUACCACUGCUACUCAGCAGCAGCAGCAGCAGCAGCAAGCCCACUAUAGCAGCAGCAGCAAUUCAGAGUAUCCCAACUUGGCCUCCUCCUCGUCCCUGUCCUCGUCGUAUCCACACUACAACAGCAACAGCAACAACGCAAACGCCGCCUCCUCCACUGCUCCGUCUAUCUCCUCGUCGUCGUCGGCUGCAACGCCACUGUUCCAGCAUCAGCACCAGCUUCCUCGCUCGGGCCACGCCAACGCAGAGACGCUCUAUUCUUCCUCGUCCUCUCUUUUUCCGAGCAGACAGGCUUCGAACUCGUCGCUGAACACAGCUGCCCCCUCUUCUGCGACGACGACAACAACGACAGCAACAACGACGCUGCCAGCUUUCGGGCUUCUCGAUAGCAGCAUGAACAGCCACGGAGGCGCCACGGCAGCAGCAGCGCCGCCACAGCCGUACGGCAACCCGUACAGCAACAUGUCGAGCUCAGCGCCACCGUACACAAGCUCCUACUCGAGCUUGUCGAACGGUCUGUACUCUUCGUCUAACACUGGCGGGAACAACUAUCCUCACACGUCGUCCUUUGUUCCUCUCGGUCAAGCGCAAGCGCAAGCUCAAGCUCAAGCUCAGGCCCAAGCCCAGGCUCAGGCUCAAGCCCAGGCUCAAGCACAAGCCCAGGCCCAGGCGCAUGCUCAAGCGCAGCAGCAACAGCUCCAGCAGCAGCAGCUCUACUCAUCCUCGGUCGGCGCCGCUCCUGCUGCCUAUGGAUCUGCAUUCGGCGCCGGCGGCUCCCACCAUAGUGUCAGCGACAUGUACGGGCUGCCUCCUCGCCAGCAGGGCCACCAAUUGCACCAUCAUCAGCAGCAACAGCAGCAGCAGCAGCAGCAUCAAGCACAGCACCAUCACCAUCACGACUCGAUGGCUGGUAGCGAGAUUCAAGUGCACGGUGGUCACUUUGGCGCUGGUUCGAUGGUCAAGACGGAAGACUUUCUCAGCCGUGACGUGGACGGCAAGGACUUCAUGAGCCCGACUUCGGCCUUUUCGAUGAGUGCAGCCGGUGGCAUGAUGGCCCACGGGAUGCGACCCAAGCGCAAGCAGGUCAAGAAUGCUUGCGUCAACUGCCAAAAGGCGUGCAAGAAGUGCGACGAGGGACGACCCUGCACAAGGUGCAUCAAGUACGGCCUGACGGACAGCUGCCAGGACAGCCUCCGAAAGGAGAGGAAGCGAGGUAUCAAGCGGGGCCCAUACAAGCGCAGAGCGACGACGGGCUCGCAGCCAAACCUGGCUGCGACGGGCGUGCAGCUGUCGCCUGGGGGACACCACGCGGCGCACUCGGACAGCAGCGGCUACGGAUACUCGCACAGCGUUCAGCACCACUAUCCUGGCCACCAGCAUCACGCCUCCCUCAACGGCUCCCAGCAGCAGCCGCAGCAGCAGCACCAUGCUCACUAUCAGCACCACGGAGGCAGCAACAGCAGCACCUCGCCCUACGACCACAGCUACGGCAGCCAGAGCCCUGAGGAGCGCUCUCGCUCUCUCGAGGAUGGCAGCAGCAGCCACACCAUCGACGGUCAUCAUCAGCACGGCUACCAGCAGCAGCAGCAGCAUCACUUCCACUCGCAGCAGCAGCAGCAGCAACACCAGCACAUCCAGCACUCGAGCAACAACUUCAUCAACAGCCCCGUCUACUCUUCUGCCUCGGCGCCCGGAUCCGUGCAGCGUGGGACGGCCCAGCUUGCCGAAGUCAAGCAGGAGCCAACGCCUUCGCCGAGCAUGUAUGCGCGCGAAACGAUGAUGCAGCCUCCGUCGCGCGCUUUUGCUCCUUUUGACCGCAGUCCUUCGGCCCUGUACAGCGCAGGUAGCAAUCCUGGUGCCAGCAGCAGCAGCAGUAGCAGCAGCACCGCCAAUGGUCGAUCGCUCUACGGUAGCGCGGUUCCCGUCUCGGCGCCGGCCAGCACCGUGGGCUUCGGCGUGCCUGGACGAAGCGCGACGAGCUUGGGGUUUGGGACCAGUAGCAACGGAGGCACCCCCUCUGCUUCCUCUCUCUCUUCGAUGGCUUUUUCUCCGCAGCAGCAGCAGCAACAGCAAUUCGGCAUGGGUCACCAUCGGCUCCACAGCGACAGCAGCCUUGCCAACUUGAGCUACUCCAACUCCUCCCACUCGGCCUCUGCUCACAGCCUCUCGCCAAGGACACCGCUCAGCCUCGGCCAGACGAGUGGCAGCGGCAGUAGCAGCAACAGCAGCCUCCUCUACCCUAGCGGUGGCGCCAGCGGCAGCAACGGUGAGCUGGGACUGAUGAGCGCGCCCUUCUCUGCGGGCUCUUCAGGUUCGUCGCCCGGCGGUCUCGGCAGCAGCGCUGGGGCAAAGAUGGCCAACAGCGUGCUCAGCAGCAGCUACGUCCACCAUCCGGUCCCCACGACGACGGGCAGAGGCUUGACGCCCGGCUCAUUCCUCGGCUCCAACGCGACUUCGGGAGGCUCUUUCAACCUGCACCUGCCUCAAUCGGCCAAGCUCCGGGGCAACUCGACGAGCAUUGACGCGAGGGUUGCCUCGUCAUCUCCUCGACCCCAGCACGCCAGCCAGCAGCAGCAGCGCUCGUCGGCGCUCAGUAGCAACGGUCAGGACGACGGCGGCAAGGACGAGCUGGCACCGAUCAAGGAGCCUAGCCGCUACCAGCUGCCGUCCCCCCGCUUCGCCACUGGCAGUGGCGCACACGCUGUCGAAUACAAGGCUCGGUCCCUCAAGGCCGAGACGUCCGGCGGCGACGAGCUCGUCGGACUCGGCGCUGCCUGAGGAGCUCCUCCUAUCUUUCUCUUCUACACUUCGUGUCUCUUGAAUUACUACACACUUUCUACGAUUGUGGCUCGCUCUUCUUUUCCUUCCCCUUCUUUUGCUUAUCGACAAGGGGUCCUUCGAUGACUGGUGUAUAUUAACACACUUCUCUGAAACGGGC